AGUCAAAGAGAGACCAACUGGAGGAGAAGCUGAGCCUGAGACGCAAGCAGCUGCACGUCCUGGUGACUGCGCUCCAUCAGCUGCAGCAGACGCUCCUGUACGACAACUCGCCAUCCCAAGACGAGGAACCGACCCUCGUUGAUGAGAUCAUAGACUUAACCAAACCAGCAGCGACUAUAGAUCUCACUGGGUCUGGGGCUGCAAUGGAUACGUCAUAGGCUCAAGGGUUUGGCUUAGAGGGAAUAGAGGUGUUUCUUUUUCAUAUUGCAAUAUCUGUCGUCAGUCAUUGUUGUUAUUGAUAAUUUACGCAUCAGAGUGAAUUAAUGAAUGAAAUAUAACAAACCCAUUUUUUAGGAAAUAAAGCUAAUUGUUAAAA